AUGGGGAGUAGUGCAUCCGCUUCCCAGGCUGCGUUUCCCCCAUUCACAGAUCCCCAGGCCCUGCGAAGCUUCCCCAGCAGCGCUAUCUGCUGCAGGUGCUCAGAGCAGCGGGUGCACAACGACCUCCCGACCACCACCAUCAUCAUGUGCUUUGUGGAUGAAGUGUGGUCCACCCUCCUCCGCUCCGUUCACAGUGUCCUCAGCCGCUCUCCUCCUCACCUGAUUAAAGAAAUCAUCUUGGUGGACGACUGCAGUACCAAAGACUACCUCAAGGAGAAGCUUGACAAAUAUAUGUCGCAGUUCCCAAAAGUUAAGAUCCUUCAUCUCAAAGAAAGACAUGGUUUGAUACGAGCCAGACUGGCUGGAGCAGAGAUAGCCAAAGGCGACGUGCUGACCUUCUUGGACUCACAUGUGGAGUGCAACGUGGGGUGGCUGGAGCCACUUCUGGAGAGGGUCCGCCUGAGCCGGGUAAAGGUGGCCUGCCCCGUCAUCGAGGUGAUCAGCGACAAGGACAUGAGUUACAUGACUGUGGAUAACUUUCAGCGUGGGAUUUUCACUUGGCCGAUGAAUUUUGGAUGGCGACAGAUUCCUCAAGAGGUCAUUGAGAAAAAUAAAAUCAAGGAAACUGAUAUAAUCAGGUGCCCAGUAAUGGCAGGUGGCUUGUUCUCCAUUGACAAGAAGUAUUUUUUUGAGCUGGGAACAUACGACCCUGGGCUGGAUGUUUGGGGAGGCGAAAAUAUGGAGAUUUCCUUCAAGGUCUGGAUGUGUGGAGGAGAAAUUGAGAUUAUUCCGUGCUCCAGAGUUGGACACAUUUUCAGGAACGACAACCCAUAUUCCUUCCCUAAAGAUCGGAUAAGGACGGUGGAGCGGAAUUUGGCUCGUGUCGCAGAGGUCUGGUUAGACGAGUACAAAGACUUAUUCUAUGGACAUGCUUAUCACUUAAUCUUGAAAAACCUGGAUGUCGGUAACCUAACGCAACAAAUCGAACUACGGAAGAAGCUUCAAUGCAAAAGUUUCAAGUGGUACCUGGAGAACAUCUAUCCGGACUUGGAAGCUCCUCUGGUUAAAGCUAGUGGGCUGCUUAUUAAUGUAGCCAUGGCAAGAUGCAUCACUGUGGAGAACACCACUCUAGCUUUUGAGACUUGUGAUGUCAACAACAAGAACCAAAAAUUCAACUACACCUGGCUGAGGCUGAUCCAGCACGGAGACGUCUGCGUGGCCCCGGGAGCGGCUGGAGGAGCCCUGGGUCUGCACCCUUGUGACAGCCGGAACCACGGCUUGAAGUGGCUGCAUAAGUCACUGGCCGCCUUUCAGCCGGAGCUGACGGAUCACAUUGUUUUAGAGCACCUUCAGCAGCCGGCGUGUUUGGAAGUGGAUCAGUCUCACAAAACCCUGAGGGUAAAUGCCUGUGACUCCUCAAAUCCUUAUCAAAAGUGGCAGUUUGGAAAUUACUAUGCAGACUGAAGGGAGCGCAAUCAAACCAGAAACCCUGUUUUUUCAUCUUGUGAAUUCAGCAUUGACAUCUGAGAGACUUGUGACAGCAAUUACAAAACUGCAAGUUCAUUUCCAAAGGAUAAUUGAAAUCCAUAACUUAAACCAGCACAUUGAGAGAUCAAAAUAUCAAGCAACAGCACUUCCAGUUUAAUGACGUUUGAAAUAGAUAGGUUUUUUUUUUCACUCAUUGUGGGACACUUUGGUGAAAGCUAAAUUAAUUUUCUUUCUUACUAAAUGGAAAUAUCGCCUGAGGUUCCCCAUCCCGCCAUACGCAAGGCUUCAGUAGUUUUUUCUGGACAACAGCAUAAGCUAAUAGCAAUACUUCCAGGACUCUACAUAGAGCGUAAACAGCAAAACUAGGCUGUUUAUCCUGCCACAACCUAAGAAAACGGAGGUUUAUUGACUAACACAUUAAAAAAAUCCAUCCAGCCUGGUCACAGGAUCCCACCCAACCGGAUCUGUUGCUGCCAACAGACGAGUAGCUGGGUUCACUUAGCAAUUGACUGCUUACCAGAAAAGCCUAUUUUUAUUAACGGAGGGGGCGGCUCCUACCCCAAACCUCCCCGCCGCGCUCAGGAUCCGUGCAAACGCCAGUGACGUCGGUGAGAGCUUUCCCCCAAAAGGACUGCAGCGUACGAGCGUGCCUGCGUGCAUACGUAUAGCUACCCGUGCGCGUGCGUGUGCCCGUGCGCCCCGUCGGCCGCGGCACUGGGCGAACGUAGUGAAACGACCUCCCCUGACGCCGGCCAUUGCACGGAGCGAGCGGUGCUUGGGGAGCGGCCUGAGCGCAGCAAAGGCCCCGCGAACUCGCCGCUGCAGGCAGCUCUGCUCCUGCGGAGAAACCUGCCUCGUCCCAGAGCUGUCGCCGGCGUCGGAAAGGAGAGGGUU